AUGAACGAUAUAUUUAAGGACUAUACAUCGUGCCAAAGUUGCAACACAUCAGGACAUUUUUCAGAGAUAGUCUUUCGGAGAUUAAAAUCAACCGCUUCAUCGCUUCAGGUUGUGACAAAAACAAAGAAGAUGUUAUCAAAACAUACCUCAUCGUCAGAGUUUUUAUGUAACGAUUCGCAAGGGUCCAUACGUCAGUCUGCCUCAGCGCUGAGAUGUUCACUUGUGCCUUCAUCGUUGUGGUACAGGUGGUUGUUGUGCUGGGUGUUGAUGUUUUCGGUUGUGGUUCGCUGUCAAGGACAGGAUGUGGCGGAGCAUGGGAGCACAGACACAGAGACCGUGGAUAAAUAUUUGUCGACGUUCGGAUAUUAUUCUCAAAACCCCGGCGAGACACAGAAUCAGGCAAUAUCUAGAUCUGCAUCCGAGUCAGAGGUCACGUCUGCACAUUCAGAAGUGGAACGUAGCCGCGCAAUCAGGCGCCUACAGUCUUUCUUCCAUCUACCCGUGAAUGGACAGCUGGACGUUGACACCAAGAAGAUCAUGGGGUCAGCCAGGUGUGGCCGCAAGGACAUCGAAGCUGGUGAUGAACCAACAGGCGGCAGAGUUGUCAAGGUUCUACAGCCUGGGAGCAGGAGGAGGGUCAAACGUUACACCGUCAACAGAUACCCUGAUGGAACCCUGGCCAAUUGGAACGUCUCACAGCUAACCUGGAGAAUUUCUCGUCCAUCCCGGCAACUCUCCGAGGCGCAGCAAAGGGAGAUAGUCCGCACCUCACUAGCCAUGUGGGCGGAGUACAUGCCCAUUAAAUUUAUGGAGGAGAGAGGCCAAGAGACACCAGACAUUGACAUCCAAUUUGCCAGGGGAGAACACGGUCCAAAACCGGACCCCAUUUUUGAUGGUAAUCCUAAACAAUCAUUGAAUAUUCUGGCACACGCCUGGGGACCUGGCUACAACAUCAAAGGUCUGGCUGGUGAUGUCCACUUUGAUGAAGAUGACGACUGGAAAGAUUACAACACUCUGCUGGGUGUCGCUGUUCACGAACUGGGACAUUCUAUGGGUUUGGGACAUUCUGAAGAUGAAUCUGCCAUAAUGUACCCAGUGUACAGAAGUGUGGUUGCUCUAGCACAGGAUGAUAUCGACGGAAUUACGCUAAUGUACGGAUCUGGUGCAGGGACCAGACCACGACCAAGGACACAGGCUCCUCCCGUUUGGACUUACAAGCCUGAUCCAAGGUACAUAACUGAAAGGCCUGACCCAAGACAUAGGACUGAAAGGCCUGACCCAAGAAAGUACAUCGCUGUCUCGGAUGAGAAUGUGCACACACUGACACAACAUGGCGUUCUGGAGAAGUCUGAACUUCUGCAAGAUGUCUACCCUGAAGUUCCUAUUAACCCAGAUGUUGGAUUCUCAAUUUACACAAAAAGAACUGUGUACUUCAUCAAAGACAACAGGAUGUGGGCUUAUAAAGAAGGUCAGCUUGUGAAUGAAUAUCCAAAGUCACUUAGUAGCCUGCGCUUUCCUGAGCCUCCAAAGUUUACUGUGACAUUAAACCAGCGAGAUGGCAGCUAUCGUCUUUACCUGUUUGGAACAAGAUACUUUUGGAUGUUUGAUGUCGACAGGCUAUUCAUCGUUCAGCCCCAGCCAAUCUCAUCCUUCAGUGGUGAUCUGCCCCCUGGUGUCCGAUUUGCAGCUCGCUGGCUCGACAAUCAUUUGUAUGCCGUUACCAAAAAUAGUUAUGUGAUUAUGGACAUGGAGACGAGAAGGAUAACACAUGAAAGCCCAAUCUCUGGAAAACCUGAGUGGCUGCAGGCUUUAUGUGGGCGAAGCAACCGAAUAUCAACACAUGUAACAAGUCUUCUUGCUGCUGUUAUGUUGGCCAGCGUCAUCACGUCAUAUUUCCAGCGGUGA